AUGACACCGAAGUAUCAACUGUUUUUAAUUUUUAUGAUAAUACUUCAAACAAUGUGCAUGCUUUACAACAUUGUGCUCCUCACAGCAACAAUAAUAAAUCGUCGGAACGCUGCACUCCCACUGGCCUAUAUUGUUUUAAUGAGCAUUCCCGGAAUUCUAAUUACAGUUUUCCUUAAUGUUAAUGUAGCUGCUUUUGCCUUCCUUACUGAGGAAGAAUAUGAAAACUAUCUGACAGCAUUUGGUGCUCAAUUUAGUCUUGGAGCCACAUUUUCGUAUUUCCAUUCUCUUUGCAUUUCUGUGCUAAUGACAGUCAAUCGAUUGGCUAUUAUACUCAACCCAUUCUCUGAGAUGUUCACACAACGACGACUUUUCGGAUAUGCUGCCGUUAUUGCAAUUGUAGUGCUCAUAUCAUUACUUAUUCCAUACUUUACACCGUGUCGUAUUAUUUUCAUGUUGAAUCAUUUGUCAUUUAUAUCUGCGUGUGACCCAGAACGACAUCCGAUCACAGUUUUCCAAAACCAAUAUGCUAUUCUACUUCCAUUUACAUGUAUGUUUGUCAACUUGGCUAUUAUCUUGCAUCUGCGUUUCGCACGGAAUGACACAUACGUAAAAUUUAAAAAGUUCUUUACCAAAAAUCAUCACAUCAGCGCCGUUCCAACUGUCAAGGCUGCAGAACAGAGCAACUUGUCGAAAAUUCAAGCUCGCAGAGACCUGAUCAUGAUGAGGCAAACAGUGGCAAUUGCUGUUUAUUUGUCUAUUUAUGAACUUGGAGCGUUUAUCACAAAAUGUUUUCCGACUGUUUUCGCUAGUUUACCUGAAGUUGUGAGAGAAGGAUACUUUUACUUCCGCUUGGAGUCGAUUCCGAUGAUGAAUUUUUUCAUCUACUAUCUAGAAACACCAAGUACCCGAAGGAUGAUUCGUCGGUUUUUGAAUCUGAAAAAUAAUAAUGACAGCACGGCUCAAAAUGCAACAGUCUUCACAGUUGCUCAACGUCGCUGACCAGAAAUAUGUCUUAAUUCCAACAAUUUUUUUUAAAUUUAUUAUUCACAUUAACACUAUUGAAAAAUUCCUAAAAUUUUCUAAAAAUAACUAUAUACUUUUUUAAAUCCAUAUAAAUUGUUUUCAAUUU